AAAGUGCUGCUGAAAAUCAAAAUAAAACUGAAAAAGCCUUCUCCUGCGAGUGUUUUGGCUGCUAUUUCUCAACAAGUGGAUUACUUGUUCCACUUUAUUCCGGACAUAGAACCUUCUACAGGUGAACAGAAUCCAAUUCGCCCCCAAAGGAAUCAUUCCGGUAACCACAUACCACUGCAGCCAGGAUAAAUUUCCGAUUAUUACAACCUGGAAUGUCAGAUCGUGGCAGGAUUAGAAGACCGCAAACCGAAUCAAGGUGGUCGAGAACUAAAACCGGGGAAAGCUCAAUUUAGUCAAUCAAAGAAGCUUCUUGCGUAUUUCUAUUCCAAGCAUUCUAUCGAAUAGAAACCUCCAAAGACUGAAGCUGCCGUGGACCAUUUUUGGCCAUUUUUGAUAGUGGAAAAGAAUUUAAGACUCAAGUGGAACUUAAGAACGGGAAGCCCACACUAAAUAUGGAGAGAAAUGCAAAAUUGGAGUCACAUGCUGCGACACUUGGCAGUACGGAGUUUUUGUAACCAUAGAAAUGGGAACUUUUGCAGUAACGGAAGCGUGCUCCGGUGUUAAGCGCACAUGCGCAAUACUACUUAAGAUACGGGAAAUGACUAUUACAGAAGCUGGCAGAGUAGCCCCGCCCCCGAGGUUUAUUAACUAACUUCCCGGAGCCGGGAAAGGGGUGUGGGUGUGGUUAUAUCUUUUCCCUGCCUUCGCUGAGCAAGGGGUUCCCGUGCGACCACCUGGUCAUGAUGCAGGACUUGCCCGCUAUCCCCGAGGAGAUCAGUAACUUCCUUGCAGAUGUUGACACAUUCAUAUCAAAUAUCCUAAAAGGUGAAAAUUUAUCCAAAAGAGCAAAGGAAAAAAAGGAUGUCCUGGUUAAGAAGAUGAAAGACAUCAAGUCCAACUACCCACAAGAAUUUCCCGAAAUAGGAGGUGAUGACGAGGGGGAAGAGAAUGAAAGGUCUUGUCCUGCUGCCCCUGACAGUCUCUCUCUAGCAUGUGAUAAAGAGGAUGAAGGCCCUUCUGAUGGUCAUCAGUUUCCUCCAAUUGCGGCACAAGAUCUUCCAUUUGUUUCAGUAUCUGGAUAUUUGGAAAAACGUAGAAAAGAUCACAGUUUCCUUGGCUUUGAGUGGCAAAAACGUUGGUGUGCUUUGAGUAAAACAACCUUCUACUACUAUGGAAGUGACAAAGACAAACAACAGAAAGGUGGAUUCGCUAUAGAUGGCUACACCGUCAGAAUGAAUAAUACCCUUCGGAAGGACGGAAAGAAAGAUUGCUGUUUUGAAAUCGCUGCUCCUGAUAAACGCAUUUAUCAGUUUACAGCUGCUACUCCCAAAGAAGCUGCAGAUUGGGUAGAGAGGCUGAAAUUUGUGUUACAAGAUAUGGGAUCUCUAACUAUUCCAGAAGAGGAAUAUGAUGACAUUGAAGAAAAUUCCAUAGCUCCUUCUCAAUCAGGUGGAGCACCUAUUUUUGAUGACAUUUAUGAAGAGCUUCCAGAAGACGCAGCAACAGUAGCUGAAAUGCCAGGAAAGAGUGAAGAAUCAAAGAAACAAAGUCAGGAUGCUGUAAGCAGUAUUUCAGGCAAUAAAAAAACCGAUUAUGUUAAUUUAUAUCAAGGUUUAUGGGAUUGCGCUGGUGAUGUUCCUGAUGAGCUGUCAUUCAAACGUGGUGAUGUUAUCUACAUUCUCAGUAAGGAGUACAAUAGAUUUGGCUGGUGGGUAGGAGAAAUGAAAGGAACCAUUGGCUUAGUGCCUAAAGCCUACAUAAUGGAGAUGUAUGAUAUUUGAGAGGCAAGACCAGUCCUAUUCUACAAGUUGGAAGCCAACUGUGAAGAGGCUACAGAGAUCUACAUGAAAUGAAAGACUGGAAAGAUACAGACAUUUUUACUUUGUUUUUUGCUAUUUGCUUUGACAUUCUUUGUUGUGGUAUACAGUUAUUUAGGGUUGUAUUUAUUACUCACUUGGUAAAUGAGCAUAACCUGAUUAUAUGCACUUGAAACUUAAUGGAAGAGA